GUUUUCAUCUCCUGCCGAUCACAGCGCAAGCGUGCAUAUCUCCGGUCGUCGCAGGGCACGAGCCGAGUCGACGGCGUACGAGCUGCCCCGAACGCCCCCGAAGACGCUACGCAGAGGCAGCCCGGAGAGGCAGCCCCCACGACCAUGGCCUAUGGAGCCUUCGCAAGACCGCGGCGCGGCGACGUCGAGGCGCCGGCCGAGGAACGGCGGAGACGCUUCGAGCGCACUGGAAUAGCUGCCGCUGGUUUGUGCAUCUUUUUGCUGGUCGUCGCGAUGUUUGUAAAUGCUCAUAAUCGACGGACGGCGGCGUUCGUGGCGGAGACGCACAGCGACGUGGUGCUGCUGGCGUGCGCCGGCAGCCGACCACGGACCGCCGCGGAGUACGUCGACUGCGACAGCACGCGCGCGGCGCUCUUCGCGCGCGCGGCGUCCCACGAGCGGGCGGUCCUGCUGAGCGGGGAACCGCCGGCGACGGCGGCCCUGGACGCGUUGUCGGAGUUACCGGAGGCAUGGGACGUCGCGUUGUUCGACCCGGCCGCGUGCCCGAAGACCGGCGGCCCGGUGCGGCGGUGCCUCUGGCCCGACGGGUCGAACUGCGGCGAAGUCGCCUACGCGCGCUGGGCCCAGUGCGAGGACGUCUCCGGCGGAGCGAUCGCGGGGACGAUCGCGGUGCAUGGGUCUUCGGCAAUGAAGGUGCUCAGGGGGGACGCGGCAGACCUCGUCGCCUACGUACUAAUUUCAUAGCAC